GUUUGCGCCUGCGCAGUGGGCGCUGAGUACGUAGACUGCGGCGCCGCGGACGCUGCUGGAGUCGCCUGGCAACGAUGUCGCCUGGCAACUGAAUAGGUUGGCCACUGGCGCGGGCUACUGGAAGCAGAAAGGGCUGCGGAGGCAGUGAGUGGUUUCUGCAGAGCUUCAUUUGGAAAGGCCUCUGUAGUUGGGGAAAGAUGGCCCAUUCCCAGAACUCCAUGGAGCUUCCCAUUAACAUCAAUGCUACCCAGAUUACCACUGCCUAUGGCCAUCGGGCCCUGCCCAAGCUGAAGGAGGAGCUGCAGUCAGAGGACCUCCAGACGAGGCAGAAAGCCCUCAUGGCCCUGUGUGACCUCAUGCAUGACCCUGAGUGUAUCUACAAAGCCAUGAACAUAGGCUGUAUGGAGAACCUGAAAGCUUUGCUGAAGGAUAGCAGCAGCAUGGUGCGGAUAAAGACCACCGAGGUGCUCUACAUCACGGCGAGCCACAGCGUGGGCAGAUACGCCUUUCUAGAGCACGACAUCGUCCUUGCCCUGUCCUUCCUGCUGAAUGACCCCAGCCCAGUCUGCCGGGGGAACCUGUACAAGGCAUACAUGCAGCUGGUCCAGGUGCCUAGAGGGGCCCAAGAGAUCAUCAGCAAAGGUCUGAUUUCCUCGCUGGUAUGGAAGCUGCAGGUGGAGGUGGAGGAGGAGUUCCAGGAGUUCAUCUUGGACACACUGGUCCUCUGCCUGCGGGAGGAUGCCACCGAGGCCCUGGGCAGCAAUGUAGUGCUUGUCCUGAAGCAGAAGCUCCUCAGCGCCAACCAGAACAUCCGCAGCAAGGCCGCCCGUGCGCUCCUUAAUGUCAGCAUGUCUCAAGAGGGCAAGAAACAGGUGUGUCAAUUUGACGUCAUCACCAUCCUGGUCCAUCUGCUGAAAGACCCGGUGGAGCAUGUGAAGUCUAACGCUGCCGGUGCCCUGAUGUUUGCCACAGUGAUCACUGAAGGGAAGUAUGCGGCCCUGGAGGCACAAGCCAUCAGCCCGCUCCUGGAGCUGCUUCACUCCCCCAUGACUGUAGCGCGCCUGAAUGCCACCAAGGCCCUUACCAUGCUGGCAGAGGCCCCCGAGGGCCGCAAGGCCCUGCAGGCGCAUGUGCCCACUUUCCGUGCCCUGGAGGUGGAGACUUACGAAAAGCCUCAAGUGGCCGAAGCCUUACAGCGGGCAGCCCGGAUCGCUGUCAGUGUCAUCGAGUUCAAACCCUGAGCCCCUCGUUCACCUCUGUGAGGGAAUAAAUGCGCUAAGUCUCUUUA